UAUGCUUAGAGCCAAAGUCUCUUCACACCUAAUUACCCGCCAAAUCACUUUUGAAAAAAGCCACACACAACUCAAUCCCCACCACAACCCAAAUCAAUCCCCUUCUCUCUCCCGAAAGCUCUUAUACCUCCUGAAACAAUGUGUAUCCACCAAAGAAGUGAAACAAAUUCACACCCAAAUGCUCAUAAACUCCAUACAUAAACCCAACUUCCUCCUCCCCAAAAUCAUUGACCACAAAGACUUCUCCUAUGCCUCCAUGCUCUUCUCCCACAUCCCAGAACCCAACGACUACGCUUUCAACGUCAUGAUCCGUGGCCUUACCACCACAUGGCAUAAAUACCAACUUACUCUUGAAUUCUAUUACCAAAUGAAGUCUUUGUGUCUGAUGCCCAAUAAUUUUACGUACCCUUUUGUGUUCAUUGCUUGCGCGAAUUUGGUUGAGUUGAAUCAUGGGCGUGCAGCCCAUUCGUCGGUGUUUAAGACUGGAUUGGAUAAGGAUGGACAUGUGACUCACUCUUUGAUUACCAUGUAUGCUAGGUGUGGUAAAUUGGGUUUUGCACGGAAGGUGUUUGAUGAAAUUUGUCAAAGGGACUUGGUUUCGUGGAAUUCGAUGAUUUCCGGGUAUUCCAAAAUGGGGUAUGCGGGUGAUGCUGUGCGGUUGUUUCAGGAAAUGAGGGAUGAGGGGUUUGAGCCUGAUGAAAUGAGCUUGGUGAGCAUUCUUGGAGCGUGUGGGGACCUGGGUGAUUUGAGUUUGGGGAGGUGGGUGGAGAGUUUUGUUGUUGAGAAUAAGUUGGAGCUGAAUUCAUAUGUUGGGUCUGCGUUAAUUGGUAUGUAUGGAAAGUGUGGUGAUUUGUCCUCGGCGAGGAGGGUCUUUGAUAGUAUGAAGAAAAAGGAUCGAGUCACCUGGAAUGCCAUGAUAACAGGGUAUGCUCAAAAUGGAAUGUCCGAUGAAGCAAUGGUGCUUUUUGAUGACAUGAAAGAGAGAGGUGUUAAUCCUGACAAAAUUACUUUGGUUGGAAUGUUGUCUGCAUGUGCCUCGAUUGGUGCCCUAGAUUUGGGGAGAUGGAUUGACAUAUAUGCAUCCGAAAGGGGCAUACAACAGGACAUUUAUGUCGGCACUGCAUUAAUUGACAUGUAUGCUAAGUGUGGGAGUUUAGCCAAUGCACUAAGAGUUUUUGAAGAUAUGCCCCAGAAAAAUGAGGUCUCGUGGAAUACCAUGAUAUCUGCCCUUGCUUUCCAUGGGAGAGCACAUGAAGCAAUAUCCCUAUUCAAGAGCAUGACAGAAGGUGCUGGGGCUACUCGGCCAAAUGACAUCACAUUUGUGGGAGUGCUUUCUGCAUGUGUACAUGUUGGAUUAGUGGAUGAGGGCCGUCAAUUGUUUAAUUUGAUGCGCUCGUCAUUUGGGCUAGUCCCGAAAGUAGAGCAUUACUCUUGCCUGGUUGACCUUUUGUCACGUGCAGGACUUGUACAUGAAGCUUGGGACUUCAUUAAGAAAAUGCCUGAAAAACCAGAUGAAGUUGUACUGGGGGCAUUGCUUGGCGCCUGUAAGAAAUGUAAAAAUGUAGAUGUCACUAAGCAGGUAGUGCAGCUGCUUCUCGAAUUAGAGCCUUCAAACUCAGGAAACUAUGUUAUCUCAUCAAAGAUAUAUGCGAAUUUAAAAAUGUGGGAUGAGUCAGCAAAGAUGAGACUGUUGAUGAAACAGAGGGGUGUCAGCAAGACUCCUGGUUGUAGCUGGAUUGGGAAUGAGCAUCAACUUCAUGAGUUUCACUCGGGUGAUGGUUCAAUAGAAAUUCUUCAUUUACUUAAGUUAUUAUAUGAGGAUCUGAAGAAUGAAGGUUACAUUCCAAACAUUAAUUAUGUCUAGAGAAACAAGGUUCAACCACUUUCUAUGCAUUUGGAUCUUAUCAACCAAACGACAAGGUUAUAAUAUGAGUUGCCUGCCAGACAUACGGAGAAAUGGAUAUGCUUACUGCAGCUAUGGAAGAUGGACUGAGACAGGCAAUGAGGCAUUGCAUUUAAAGCUCUAAAGGUUAUGUUUCCAGAAUCGUUAUUCUUCCCUCACAGAUACUGUAGUUUAAUAGGCCAUGACCUGCCCUGCAGCAUUUGUACAGAGCUCUCCAAACAGAUGUAAUGCAUGAUUAAAUUUCGUAUUCUCAUUAAAUAGAAGAGGCACAAGGGAAUCUUCCGAGUUUUGAGGAA